AAGAGUUAUUUAUCGAGCCCUAAGCAGCGUAUUUCUCUCAGUGUGGAGAAAAAAGCCAGCAGUUUAUCUCUCUUCCUUUUUUAUUCGCCUUAUUUUUUUUUUCUUUCUAUUAUUAUUUAGUGUGCGUCUGUCCAACUAAUGUCUCACGGGCCCCCGCGUGCCUUUCAAGCUUUGGGCUAUUCUUCGAUGCGUCCCACUAAUCUUGCCCCACAAUCGCAUCACCAUCCGAUUCCGACUUCGCAACAGGCAUUUCAAGCCUUGGCAGCUACGACAGCUAUGCCGCAUACAACCCUGCCGUUGCAUAAUAAUCACGCACAAGGAUUAGCUGCGUCAAGUGCCGUUGCCGUCGGUGCAGCAGGAGGUCAAGGAGCGCCUCACAGUGGACCGAAACCGCCUGGCACCAGUCACGAAUCGUUGUAUUGCAACAGCUGUCAGUCAUUUCGCCAUGUCUCUUACUUUUACGGUGAACGAGACCUGAAAUACAACGUUUGUGAUCUUUGUCGAUCGCGCGAUUUUCAAAAACGCAAGCAUCAAAUGGAGCGGUAUGAGAUGUACGAGGAGCAGCAACGGAAAUACAAGCAACAAGCACGAUUUUCCCACCAGUAUCAAGCUCAAGCGCAAGCCACGUCACAACAACAACAGCAACAACAACCACAUCCUCGAUCGCAGCAGCCACCGCAGCACCCGUCGCAGGCUUCGCACGGUCAACAUCCUCAUCCUUCUCAACAACAGCCACCCCAGCAGUACCCAUCUCCGCAACAGCAACGACCGAUGCAUCAACUUUCUCCGCAAUUCCUUCAAACACAGCUGCAAACGCCCUCGUCACUGGCCUUGCCCCGCCAAUCAUCACAGGCCGUUCCACCUUCCCCUCAGAUCAAAAAUUCCCCUUUCUCCAACUCCCCAAUCUCGGCCUCCUCCAUGAUACCUACGUUGCAGCAAUCCGCCCAGCCUUUGCACACCAGUUCAAAGCCGCAAUUCUACACAGUUACGCCGAUGCGACCUCAGUCACAAAUUCAAUCCAUGCAUAAACAGAUCGUGCAGCCGUCCAUGUCGUUACCAUUACCUAUACCACAACAGCUGGAACCGAACCAACGACCUCCGAAGCAACCGCAACCAACGCAACAGCCUUCCCCGCUUCCUUCGCAUCCCCAGCUGUCGCAUGAGCUCAAGAGAAUGUCGCCUAUUCAGCCGCAACAGCAUCAGCUUGCACAAUCUCCAUCCAUCACUGAGAAAGCCGCGCCGGUCAUGUUACCUAACGCUUCCAGUGUGUCUACGGUGAUGAAUGCUAGUAUGAUCCGAUCCACCUCGUCUCCAUCGACGAGCCACGAUCGUGGAUCACAGGAAAUCAUUUCGCUUGAACGAUUCGUGACGGCGUUGCAGCAAGAGACCGAAUUUGACAGGAAACAGUAUACAGUGGAUAUCAAUCCAUUGCUUAUUUCCAUGGGGGACAAGGCUGGAUUCACGAAAUUGGGACGAGCAAUCUGCGAACGAAUAUUGAUGGGAACAACGUUCAAUUUCAGGUAAGAUGGAUAAAAGUCUAGGAUGGGCGUGUCAAAAACAAAAAGCG